AUUUAUAUUAAUACACAUUAAACAGAGCUUAGACUUUAAUCGUUACACCCACGAAGCAUCAUUACAACAAAUUAAUCAGCUGACUUUUUGUAUUUCCCCAAAAAUAAAUAUUUAAAAAUAAAAAUACCCUUUGAUUUUUCCAAUUAUUUUUCAUAUAUAUCUCCUCCCUCUAAUCCGCAUAAUCAUCUUCCAGCUCUUUCAUUCCUUUUUCUUUCUCUCUCCUCUGUUUCAGACCAUUUUACACCAAAAAAAAAACAGAGUUUAUUCAAAAGACAGCAUUUUUGGACUUCUUUCUCAAAAACCCUUUUCAAAAAACCAUCCAAUUUCACCCAAUUAAUCCUAAUUUAUCUUAGAUUAUCAACUAAUUAAGCCAUAAUGAUGAUUAGAGGGAGAAACAGGGGAUUCAAAUUGGGCAGAAAAUUAAUCCGGGUUUUUAAAUGGGUGACCCGAAAAAGAUCAUAUUCAAGCAAAUACGAGAGAUUAGAAGGUGCAAAUCUGCAAAGGAGUAAAACAAUUUCCAGAUUAUGUAAAUGGGGAAAAAAGAUUCAACGUGGUUUGAUCAACUCAGUAACAUCUCGUGGUUAUGUUCGAGUUGGUCAUGACUCGUUAAUUGACUCAAAACCGGUUCAUGUUCCAAAGGGUCACUUGGCUGUACACGUGGAAGAGUCUGAAGGUCAUUUGCGGCGAGUUGUGGUUCCUGUCCUGUUUUUGAACCAUCCUUUGUUUGGUAAGUUAUUGGAAGAAGCUGAGAAUGUUUAUGGGUUUGAUCAUCCGGGUCAGAUCACUAUUCCAUGUCCGAUAUCGGAGUUCGAGAAGGUUCAAAUGAGGAUCGCCGCCGGGAAAGGCAAAUGCCGGCCUCGGAUUCAGGGGCCGAGUCAUAUUCCCGGCGUUACGUGUCUAUGAUUGGUUUGUGAGUACGCUGAUAAUAUGAUGGUAGAUAUAUGAAUAGGUUUGGUGGGAAAUGAAUCUUGAUGUAAAGUACCUCUCUAUAAAUCAAAAAUUUGGUGGUGAAUAUUGGGGUGUUUAUUUACAUUAGGUAUUUCUAUCUCAUUUUUCUCUUUGUGUGGGUUGAUUGUUGGAUUAGGCCUAGUGUUUGAUAUAGUAGAGUUUCCUAUAGAAUUGUACAAAUGAGAUGUUUCUAUGAUAAUGAUGAUAAAUUUCUCUUUAAAAGAAGUUUUUUUUUUUUUUUUUCCUUGUAAGAAUUAAUUUGUUUUAAUUCCGAAUAUUGAUAUAUAAUGUGUAUUAAAGCAUCAAUUAGACAUUAGAAAUCAUGAAUUUAAUUGUGUAUAUUACCCUAAUAAUUGAAAUCUUGAACAAUAAUCUUAGGAGUAUAUUACAUGUUCAUUGUAAAUACGUAAUAUUUGGACUUUUUGCACAAACCGGGACUAUAAUUGUAUGGUAUGGAGUAAUUUCUAAUUUGGAUUAUUUUACUGAUUUGAUUGCUAAAAAUUUUGGAGGUAAUUUGGCAUUAUAUGUUUGGAAUUAUUUGAAGUUAAUUGUGGUU